AUGACUGUACAGUUCAAGUGUCGUUUAGAAAUGAUUCGAACACAUCACAUCUCGGUUUUAGAAAAUGAAACAACAAUCCAGGCCGCCUACGUCACCGAUCGAUCGCUGAACGUUCUCGGUGGCAGUCACAAGAUUUUCAGCAAUAUUGUGUCGAGUUUCAAAGCAAACGAGGAGGAACUGUCGAUUAAGGCGAAUGAAGAAAAUAUUGUCAUUCAAAAUUACGAAGACGGUACACAAGUGGAAAAUCGAUUUGUACGCUCCCAAAUCACAUUGAAAUCCGACGAGUUUGACACCUUUAAAAUCGGCGAAAGUACAACAAUCACAUUUUGUAUGCGGGAACUUAGGGCCAUUUUGGAUUUUGCCAAGUCAACAAAUACCAGAAUCUCAGCGAACUUUGAUACGGCCAGCAGUCCAAUGGUGUUUGUAAUAAAACAUGAACGGUACAUUCGUAUUGAUUUGGUGAUGUCAACGCUAUCGCCUGAGGAUGCGGAGAUUGAGCGUCAAAGAAACCGUUCGCUGGUUCAAAUCAAUUCACAGCUGACAAAUGUUGACAUUGAACGAACCGAUGCAGAUGUUGAUGAGGCAGCACAAGACGAUGCGAAUGAGAGUAGUUUGAAGAGAACUUUACCAAGUACAUUUUGUACAGAAGUCGAGAUGAUGGAAAAGAAACGGAGAACAUCGAAUGAUCGACGAGACAUACGAUUGCCUAUUUCAAGCGAUGCAAACACAUCAGAUCAAACGAAACCAUCGCAGCGGGUUGCACCUCUUAUAGAUUUAGAAAGCGACAACGAAAUUGAUGUAAUUUUUGUAGAUUAA